AUGGAUAUUCAAUAUGUUUACACGCGUAAGAGAGCAGAUUUUGGAAAACAAUGCAAUUUUACGGAUCGUCCUGCCGAGCUUCAUGUUGAUAUACCUCCUAGUGCGGAGUUGGCUGAGAAAUACAUACCUAGGAACCCGAUUUCCCGCAGUAUUCAAAAUGCCUGUGAAAUGUCCGAACACGAAGUGAAUACGGAAAGAGUUUUAUCAGAGGUGCGGGGCAUGAAUCACACAGAAGGUGGAUGGCCAAGAGAUGUUAAUUGCAACGAACCGGAGCAGGUUCAGCGGUAUAGGAAAAAGAUAGAGAAGGACGAAUUAUACACAGCGACAUUACAUUCACUAGCUAACUCAAUGGAGCACUGUAUUAGACAAAAUAAUGCCCUGAAUAUUUAUGAAGAAUAUUUCAAUGAUGUAGAAUACGAUGCUUCUGAGGAUCCUCCUUCAGCUAAAACCAUAAACAUAUUUCGUGAUAUUAAUGAAAUUAAGCGAUCUGCGACAUACGUCAGUUGGUUUCCCGACGGACCUACCAAGGUUGCUGUUGCUUAUUGUAAAACGGAAUUUUUGGGAAAUGUCAACAGUAAUUCAAUGGACUCGUAUGUUUGGGACUUUUCAAAUCCCAACAAGCCGGAUCUUGUAUUAAUGCCACCUUCGCCUUUAGUAUGUGUCGAAUUCAAUCCGAAAGAUGCGCAUACCUUAAUCGGAGGUCUAUGGGAUCGACGAAAAGGGACACUUCCCGUAGAGAUUUCGCCAAUCGAAAACAGUCACCGCGACCCGGCUUGGCGAGUGAUGUGGAUUCAGUCGAAGACAGGCACUGAGUGCUUUUCGACCAGCACAGACGGACAGGUGUUUUGGUGGGAUGUCCGCAAGAUGUCCGAGCCCACAGAAUUCAUGUAUCUGGAUCCAACCAAAACCCAGAGCUUCAACUGUGCCAUUGGUGCCUACGCUCUGGAGUAUGAAUCAACCAUUCCGACAAAAUUCAUGGUCGGGACCGAGCAGGGCUUGAUCAUUUCUUGCAAUCGUAAGGGCAAAUCGCCGGCCGAGAAGGUUGCAAACAUUUACCCCGGCCACAAGGGUCCAGUUUACGCCCUCCAACGCAAUCCAUUCUACACCAAGUUCUUCCUCUCCGUCGGGGACUGGUCGGCUAGAGUUUGGUCGGAGGACUUUCGUGACGAGCCAAUCAUGUGGACGCCUUACCACGAAUCAGGCGCAACAGAUGGAUGUUGGAGUCCAGUCAGACCCGCAGUGUUCUUCCUGACACGCCUAAACGGUUGUCUCGAAAUCUGGGACUACGUUUUUAAGCAGCGCGCGCCUACUCUCAGCAUGAAAUUCUUUACGAGGUUCGGCCACAGCUGUAUUAAGCUACAAUGCUUAUUUUCUAUUCUUCGCAUUGCACUAAUCGUAGAUUGUUUGCGUUUUUUCUUAUGGGUAUGCGAUGAGCCCCUGCACUGUGUGCGUGUCCACGAAGAGGGACAGUUUGUGGCGGUGGGCUCGGGCGGCGGUUCGACGACGAUCCUCGAGCUCUCAGACGGUUUCUCGACGUUAAGCAAGAACGAGAAGUCUGUGGUUGGCACGAUGUUCGAGCGUGAGGCGCACCGCGAGAAGAUCCUCGAGAGCAGAGCGAAGGAGUUGAAGCUGAAGGAGAAGCAGAAGGCGAUGGCCGAGGCCGCAGCUGCUGCCGCGGCAGCUCCCACACCAGCUGGCAGCGAACCGGUCAGCAAGGAGGCCGAAGAUGAAAGUGAGAAGGAGGAAGGGGAGGGCAACGUAGAGGCGCCAGAGGACGAGGAACUUUCCGCAGAGGAGCUGCUUAAAAAGGCAGAACACGACUUUUUUGACAUGAUCGCCCAGGAACGAAAGAGGCUCGAAGCGGAAAACGCCGCGAGAACUAAAAAACUGGAAGCCCUGCAGGAAGACGAGGAAGCCAAUGACUCUGGAAAAGGCGCUAGUGUAGACGAGGGAGGCAGUGGAGGUGGCGAUGAGACCGCCGCUUCUGAGGUAAUCUGGCAUCCAAUUAUACACUUCGUAUACACAUGCUAG